UCUGAACCUUUUAGAUUGAGGAGUUCAAUUUCGCAUUGGCUAAGGUUACUUUCAUUCAAAGAAGAGUUUGUCGAUGAAGUUGUCGAUGUUCCUGAGGAGGAGAAGAAAAAGAAGUAUUUUGGAGCUUCUUUGGAACCACGAGAUCCUCGGCCACCCUACGUAAAAUAUCGCGUUGGAGAUGUUGUGCGACACAAAGUUCAUGGUUACAAAGGUGUGAUUAUUGGCUGGGAUGAAAAGGCAGUGGCGCCGCAAACGUGGCUGGACAAAACUCAUAAAGGCAGAAAAGCAAGUGUCCACUUUAGCCCAGAAUGGUCUGAAAUGCCGAAUUAUUCAAUAAUUAUUGAUACAAGGGAUCGACUGAUUCCGCAGUUAGCAUAUGUUGUUGAAGAGAAUAUCGAACUCGGUGAGGGCAGGGUACGAUUUUUCGUUUGUUCUGAAAUGAUUCACACGUUAGAAACAUCGACUGCCCAGCGCUAUGAGGUUUCGAAAAUUGUUUGUAAGCUGUACUUUUGGUAUGGAAGAAGUUUUCAGGUGUUCCAUCCACUGAUCAAGAAUUACUUCGAGUCGUUCGAUGGAAAGCACUACGCGCCUCGGCCGUGGCACAGGAAAGUAUAUCCGAAUGAUUGA